GAGACGCUAGGCUACGUUAGCAACAAGCUGAAGCUAGUCAUAAGCUAGCUGCGCUGUGUUACCUACCAGCUAAGAAAAAAACACAGUCAAACGCUAGACGUAAUUGGCACAUAAUAAAAGCCUAUAGCGUGUCGUUGUCGUCCUUUUCCAGCGGAGCUCUCAAAAAAGCGAAUUGUGAGUCAGCGGACCCUGCUGGUCUCCAGGUCUACUUGAUGAGUAUGAGCGUGACUACAGAAACCCCGAACGAUGGCCCCAGUGUUACAGAAGAGAGCAAGCUGCCUGUGCCUGAGAAGAAGGAGAAGAAGGCGGAUGACGUAGCUGAGGAAGAAGAGGAGGAGGAGGAGUACGUGGUGGAGAAAGUCCUGAAUCGACGGGUGGUCAAAGGGAGGGUAGAAUACCUCCUCAAGUGGAAGGGAUUCUCAGAGGAAGACAACACGUGGGAGCCGGAGGACAACCUGGACUGUCCCGACCUCAUCGCCGAGUUUCUCCAGUCUCAGAAGUCGGCGCACGAGGGCAAACGGAAGGCGGCCAGCGAUGGAGAUGGAGAAGAAAGCAAAUCCAAGAGGAAGAAAGAUGACACUGAGAAGCUGAGGGGCUUUGCCAGGGGUUUGGAACCGGAGAGAAUCAUCGGAGCCACCGAUUCGACGGGAGAGCUCAUGUUCCUCAUGAAGUGGAAAAACUCUGACGAAGCAGACCUGGUUCCGGCCAAGGAGGCCAACGUCAAGUGUCCGCAGGUGGUCAUCUCUUUCUACGAGGAGCGGCUCACCUGGCACUCGUACCCCAGUGAAGAUGAGAAAAAAGAUGAGAAAAACUAAAAAAAAAAAAAAAAGGGG